AUGGAGAUCAUCGACGCGGAGCUGCGGCUCGGCCCGCCCGGCAGCGGCGGCGGCUGCGACCUGGCCUUCGGCGGCGGCGCGUCGGCGGUGCAGAAGAAACGUCCGUCGUCUUCGUCGGUGGCGGCGGCGGCCAGGAGCGAGGCCUCCGGGACCGACGACCACGACGCGGCACCUGCUUCCAAGGUGCAGGUGGUGGGCUGGCCGCCGGUGUGCACCUACCGCAAGAGCACGUUCCAGUCGGCGACGUCCACGUCCACAUCCACGGCCGAGAAGGAGAAGGAGGGCGCCGGUGAAGCUGCGGCGGCCGGGAAGAGGCCAGGGGGCGGUGGGCUGUACGUGAAGGUGAGCAUGGACGGCGCGCCGUACCUGCGCAAGGUGGACCUGCGGACGUACGGCGGGUACGGCGAGCUGAGGGCCGCGCUCGACAAGCUCUUCGGCUGUUUCGACAACGGCGCGGCCGGCCAGUUCGCCGUCGCGUACGAGGACAAGGACGGGGAUCUCAUGCUCGCCGGCGACGUGCCAUGGGAAAUGUUCAUCUGCUCUUGCAAGAGGCUCAGGAUCAUGAGGGGCUCCGAAGCGCGAUGAUUAGGAUACAUGGUGCCAUGGCGAGCAUAUACACAUCAAGUGAUCUGAACAUGGAUGAUGGAAUUUGGUCGUGGCUCAGGAUCAGAGCUGGACGCAAGCACAC